CGAUGGUCGCCGCGGGGAGGCUCGGACCGCUCCCACGGGGACCAACUUGUCCCUGCGAGCCGAGCCUCAGCUCGGAGCGUGGACCCCUCGAAGAUGCAGGACGGCGGACUCCAUGUUAUUCGGCUCUCGGGCACGCUGCUGACGCUCCCGUACACUGCGCGGCGCAGUGCAAUGUGAAUCUGCUCCAUUAAGAAACCAACGAAGAAGAAGAAGAGGAAGAAAGACACUGUACAGUCGUUCGUCUGUUCGGCAACACGAUCCCGACCUGCUCAGUGGACCACCGUCAAACCACCAACAGAAAAUGGACACGCGGUUCACUCGAGGCAAAUCCAACAUCUUGGAGCGACCCCUAACCCGACCCAAGACCGAGGUGAGCGUGAGCGCGUUCGCCCUCCUGUACUCCGAGAUGGUGCAGUACUGUCAGAGCCGCGUGUACUCCGUGUCGGAGCUGCAGACGCGUCUGGCCGACAUGGGCCAGAGCGUCGGCGCCAGCCUGCUGGACGUGCUGGUGCUGAGGGAGAAGAACGGCAAGAGGGAGACCAAAGUGCUGAACAUGCUGCUCUUUAUCAAGGUCAAUGUCUGGAAGUCUUUGUUUGGGAAGGAGGCUGACAAACUGGAGCAAGCCAAUGAUGACGACAAGACUUAUUACAUCAUAGAGAAGGAGCCCCUCAUCAAUGCGUACAUUUCCGUGCCCAAGGAGAACAGCAGCUUGAACUGCGCUGCCUUCACGGCGGGCAUCGUGGAGGCCGUCCUCACGCACAGCGGCUUCCCCGCCAAGGUCACCGCCCACUGGCACAAGGGCACCACGCUGAUGAUCAAGUUUAACGACUCCGUCAUAGCCAGGGACAAGGCCCUGGAUGGCAGAUAAGGGAGACUGGAGAAAGCCGUGGGAGGGGUGGGGGGGGUCAUGUUGAUCGAUAUCAACCAGCUCCGGGCUAGUAUUUGUUCCGGGCUGGAUUUCUUUGCGGGCACUUCUCAGACAGGAGGGACCUUAUGGAUGGAUGAGCGCACCGUGCGGAGCCGCGGCUCAAGAGGAAAACAUAAAGCUAGUUGGUUCAAUCCGCCACGUUUUUCUUUUUUUGUUGACCAUCUCGCCCCUGUCUCACCUCAUGAAAGUGAUUUGAGUUACAGUGUAUACUCAAGAUCACAUUUUAUUUGUAGAUUACAUUUUUACAACACAGAUGAUUAAUAUAAAUAUACAUAUAAAUUAAACAAAAUUAAAUAAUUGGGCUCUCCGACAUUGUGGUGGCCCUUUCACAAUUUAAGAAUAGUCGAAUGAAUACCCUGAAACGAAUAAAUACCCAACAGAUUAUUUGAUAAUAUGAGAGUAGUUUUACUUACUUCAGAGGAUGGAGGUGAACCAACUAAAUGGACGCCAAAUAAUUAGAGCGUCCCCAGUUUAUAAAAUGGUAAAACGUUAAAUGCUACAAAAUAUUUCAUCCAACAGACAGAAGUCCAGACUUGAGAUUGUUUUAACAAGUUGUUUUUUGCAUUCCAGUUUAACAGAUGUGUUUCGUCUCUGUGAAGUAUAUUUACAAUUGGCAGUAGUUCGCGUUAACGAUACUGAGAUCACAUGUUCAGGUGAGUCACGUGUGUGUGUGACUACGGGGUUAUUAUUAUUAUUCUUAAACUAAGUACAAACCUUGCACAUGGUGUUUUAUGAGCCGGCCACAAUAUCUUUAGACUUGACAAAUUGGAAUACGUCUAAGUCAUCUAAAUAAGUGAAUUGUUUUGGGAUUACUUUAUUCUUGGCACCAUGACAACGACAUUGACCGUUUUGAUCUGCAGGUUGGGAAACUAUUACCAGUCAACUCCAUAAAUAAAAUGUGAAUAACUCAAACUAAUCCAUGAGAGAACUCUGUGGUUUCUGGGGGGGGGGAUAUGUCAGCAAGGGGCUAAAAUGCAUCAUCCAGUAACCGCAAUGUUGGAUUUGCAGCUGAAGGAUUCUCUGCUGCACGACGUCCCCUUUGUCUCCUCACACUUCCCGUCUGUCUCUGUACUGUCCUAGAAAAAAAGGACAUUUGAAAUUUUGGUGGCAGAAUUAUGCAUGACCCCAAAAUGUGUGCAAGUUAGAUGAGAAGAUUGAUACCACUGUUCCAAGUGUGCAUGGUAUCGAUGUCUUGGUCUCACUUUUUGCAACAAAGAAAAUAAGCGUUUCCCAAAACGUCAAUGGCACCGUGUGAUGGUGAAUAAAAUGUUAAAACAGAAAA